CAGUUUUUUACUAUUGUCCUGUCCUCUGUAUACUUUCCAAUUCUAGAGUUGAAUAUACGAUUUCGUCUUCUUUAUAACUCGUAAUCGAACAAAGAUUGUUCCUUGAGCGUAAUUUGCAUAGAAGGAAAGGUUCUAGUUCUCACAAUGCAAGCCAAACAGAGUUAAGUCGUUGAAAUUAGAAAAUGAACAUUUACACCUUCAAACAGUUUUCCUUAAUUUUGAGUGACCAACAAAGAAAGGUUCUCAGAUCGAGAACGAGUCAAAAACUGGUUGUAGCAAAACCCGUUCUUGAUUUGUUAUCAAAAUAGGGUCACAAGUAUUUUGAAAUUUAUCUUGCAGAGACAAGAUUAAUCAAACUCAACUCUGUUAAAAGGCUACAGUGUCGCUAGGGAGUUGCGAGGACCUUUGUUACGACACUGUUCUUCUCGUUUCACAACAAUACUGAGAUGUGAGAUUGAUUAAAUGAACACAAUGGUUUGAUUGUUGGAUGGAAAGGAAGGGUCAUGAAACUUUUCAGACUUUAAUUUCUAAAGCAAAUUCGUCGUUCGUUUUAGUUGGACAAGUGAAUUUCUAUUAUCUACGUUUCUUUUUAAGCCCUUCAAAUGUUUCUUUUAUAACAAUCCGUCGAGUCCUGUGCUCUGAGUUCCAAGUAGACUGGAGUUUCUUUUUAGUAUUUACAACUUUUAUUAUCUCUUUGGAGUUUAUAUCCUUUAUGCAACACUUGUUGUUAUUUCACUUUUGGUCUUGUAUGGAAAUUUGAGAUUAGCGUUGUCGAGAAGAGAGCAAAGACAAAGGAGUUUAAGCUGUCGUUGAGUGUUGGUACUUUGGUCAACUAGUUGUUUCACAAGUUUGUUUAUUUCUAUCGAUAAUUGUUUAAGAGCAGUUUUGCGUAUGUAUUAGCAGUUGAUAGUCUAAUCUUGUAGUCUGUUGUUGAGAAACAGUCUUUGGGUUGAUAUUUCCAAGAUAUUCUGGAAGAACAAGAAACCAGUCAGACUCUCAGUUGAGUCUUUUAGUCAGUACACAGAAUUAUAUUCCGUAUAGUAGUUUUUUGCCUUCUAUAUGACUCUUUUCACGAUGGAAAACUCGGUCUGUAACUCUGCAACAGGCAUUUCUCAGAAUAGCAUAGGAAAGUCUUGAGUCCAUCAUCGCUUAUUUUCAAUGAUUGUUUGUAUUGUUGUGCUUUUAGAUCAAUUCUCUAUUGAUUCGAGUAUUGAAAACGACACCCAUAAGGUUUGACAGUUUGUGAAAACGAAAGCUGAAUAAACUUGCUUUUUGAAAGCAAGGGAAAAGUUUUCAGUUCAAAGUAUACUCACCUUGUUGGGAACCAUGAAAUAAAGCAAGCAAAAGGACACUGUUGGAAAUCUUGGUUGUGUCCACCUGGUAAAAUGUUUUGACGAUGGCGACUGUAGCUACUAGUCCGUUUUGAGAAACGCCUUUGUUUUUAUGAAUUA